GGCGGCUGGUGCGGAACCGCCGGUCGUCACCGCGUCCUCGCUCGGGCCCUGAGGAGACGCCAACACCUCAGGUGGAAGAAGAAGCGGCGGCGGCACUGAGAUUUUGUAGUGCUUCCCUGAGCAUGAAUUCAGAAUGAAGCGGCGAUUGGAUGAACAGGAGCCACCUGUCUACGCCUCGCAGCAGAGACGUAUUGCCAGCAGCACAGAACCUUUCCAACACCAGCACCAGCACCGUGUGCUUGCUCCAGCGCCUCCUGUAUAUGAGUCGGUUUCGGAGACCAUGCAGUCGGCUACUGGCAUCCAGUACUCUGUAACUCCCAGCUACCAGGUGUCAACUGUGCCACAGAGCUCCAGCAGUCAUGGGCCCCCUCUAGCCACUGUCCACAGUGGGCAUCACCACCCCACCCCAGUCCAGCCUCAUGGGAGCCAGGUGGUGCAGAGUCAUGCUCACCCAACACCCCCAGCAGCACCGGUGCAGGGAGGGCAGCAGUUCCAGAGGCUUAAGGUGGAAGAUGCCCUCUCCUACCUUGACCAAGUGAAGCUGCAAUUUGGUAGCCAACCUCAAGUCUACAAUGACUUCUUGGACAUAAUGAAGGAGUUUAAAUCUCAAAGCAUUGACACUCCAGGAGUGAUCAGCCGCGUCUCUCAGCUGUUCAAAGGCCACCCUGAUUUGAUCAUGGGUUUCAAUACCUUCCUGCCCCCUGGCUACAAAAUUGAAGUGCAGACUAACGACAUGGUGAAUGUAACGACACCGGGGCAGGUUCAUCAGAUCCCGGCCCACGGCCUCCAGCCUCAGCCUCAGCCCCAGCCGCAGCAUCCGUCUCAGCCAUCAGCACAGUCUGCCCCAACCCCAGCACAGCCAGCACCACAGCCACCACCUGCCAAGAUCAGUAAGCCAUCCCAGCUACAGACGCACACACCAACUAGCCAGCAGACCCCCCCAAUUCCCUAUGCCUCCCCUCGUUCUCCACCGGUGCAGCCCCACACGCCCGUGACAAUCUCUCUUGGAACCACACCGUCCCUCCAGAAUAAUCAGCCGGUUGAGUUUAAUCAUGCCAUCAACUAUGUCAACAAGAUCAAGAAUCGUUUCCAGGGGCAGCCAGACAUUUACAAGGCUUUCUUAGAGAUACUUCAUACCUAUCAGAAAGAGCAGCGGAAUGCCAAGGAAGCGGGUGGCAAUUACACACCGGCGUUGACUGAGCAGGAAGUCUAUGCCCAGGUGGCCCGUCUCUUCAAGAACCAGGAGGAUCUGCUCUCGGAAUUUGGGCAGUUCCUACCAGACGCAAACAGCUCUGUCCUGUUGAGCAAGACAACUGCAGAGAAAGUGGAGUCUGUGAGGAAUGAUCAUGGAGGCACAGUCAAGAAGCCUCAGAUUAACAGCAAGCAGCAAAGACCUAAUCAGAAUGGCUGUCAGAUUCGGCGUCAUGCCACGGCUGGGACAACCCCUCCGGUGAAGAAGAAACCAAAGCUCCUUAAUUUGAAGGACCCAUCGGUGGUAGAAGCUGGUAAACAUGGAACAGAGUCUCUAUUCUUUGAUAAGGUCCGCAAGGCUCUGCGCAGCACAGAAGCAUAUGAGAAUUUCCUCCGUUGCCUGGUUAUUUUUAAUCAGGAGGUGAUAUCCCGAGCUGAGCUUGUACAGCUAGUUUCUCCAUUUUUGGGAAAAUUCCCAGAGCUGUUCACUUGGUUUAAAAACUUUCUGGGCUACAAAGAAUCUGCACAUAUGGAAAGCUUUCCUAAGGAACGGGCUACGGAGGGCAUAGCGAUGGAGAUAGACUAUGCAUCUUGUAAGAGGCUGGGCUCCAGCUACCGAGCGUUGCCAAAGAGUUACCAGCAGCCCAAGUGCACAGGUCGGACUCCGUUGUGUAAGGAGGUUUUGAAUGACACUUGGGUCUCCUUUCCAUCGUGGUCUGAAGAUUCUACAUUUGUGAGCUCCAAGAAAACUCAGUAUGAAGAGCAUAUCUACCGGUGUGAAGAUGAACGAUUUGAGCUGGAUGUUGUCUUGGAGACCAAUCUAGCAACCAUCAGAGUUCUAGAAACGAUACAGAAGAAACUCUCCCGCUUAUCAGCUGAGGAGCAAGCCAAAUUCCGGCUGGACAAUACCUUAGGCGGCUCCUCAGAAGUGAUCCACCGCAAGGCUUUGCAGAGGAUAUAUGCCGACAAGGCAGCUGACAUUAUCGACGGGCUUAGAAAGAACCCAGCUGUUGCAGUUCCAAUUGUGUUGAAAAGGUUAAAAAUGAAAGAAGAGGAGUGGAGAGAAGCCCAAAGAGGAUUCAACAAAGUGUGGCGGGAACAGAAUGAGAAAUACUACUUGAAGUCCCUCGACCACCAAGGGAUCAACUUCAAACAGAAUGACACCAAGGUCUUAAGAUCCAAGAGCCUUCUCAGUGAGAUUGAAACGAUUUACGAUGAGAGGCAAGAACAGACUUCUGAAGAUAAUGCUGGUCCUCACCUAUCGCUGGCCUACGAGGACAAGCAGAUCCUCGACGACGCGUCCUCCCUCAUCAUCCACCACGUGAAGCGGCAGACGGGCAUCCAGAAAGAGGACAAGUACAAGAUCAAGCAGAUCAUGUACCACUUCAUCCCAGACCUCCUCUUUGCUCAGCGUGGGGAGCUCUCUGACGUGGAGGAGGAGGAGGAGGAGGAAGAGAUGGACGUGGACGAAGGCUCCGGGGCUGUGAAAAAACACAACGGCGUGGGGGGCAGCCCUCCCAAAGCCAAGCUGCUCUUCAGCAAUACGGCAGCCCAGAAGCUGCGCAACAUGGACGAGGUCUACAACCUGUUUUACGUCAACAACAACUGGUACAUCUUCCUGCGUCUUCACCAGAUCCUGUGCUUGCGGUUGCUGCGAAUAUAUACCCAGGCUGAGCGGCAGAUAGAAGAGGAGACUCGGGAAAGGGAAUGGGAGCGGGACGCGCUGGGUGUAAAGCGAGACAAGAGUGACAGCCCUGCCAUCCAGUUGCGGCUGAAGGAGCCCAUGGACAUCGAUGUGGAAGAUUAUUAUCCUGCUUUCCUAGACAUGGUGCGGAACUUGCUGGAUGGGAACAUGGACUCUUCCCAAUAUGAAGAUUCUCUUCGUGAGAUGUUUACCAUUCACGCCUACAUUGCCUUUACCAUGGACAAGCUGAUUCAGAGUAUUGUUAGACAGCUUCAGCACAUAGUGAGCGAUGAAAUCUGCGUGCAAGUGACAGAACUCUACCUGUCUGAAAACAACAAUGGAGCUACUGGAGGCCUGCUAUCCUCGCAGCCAUCUCGGUCCCUCAUGGAGACAGCAUACCAGCGCAAAGCUGAGCAGCUCAUGCAAGAUGAAAACUGCUUUAAGCUGAUGUUCGUUCAGAGCAGAGGCCAUGUUCAGCUGACCAUCGAGCUGCUUGACACGGAAGAGGAGAACUCUGACGAUCCCGUUGAGGCAGAGCGUUGGACUGACUACGUGGAUCGGUACGUCAUCUCUGAUUCUACCUCUCCCGAAUUGCGGGAACAGUUGGCCCAAAAGCCCGUGUUUCUGCCAAGGGGCUCUCUGCUUUACAGGAACCUCAGGAGGAUCCGCAAGUGUCAGCGGGGCCGGGAGCAGCAGGAGAAGGACGGGAAGGAGGGGGUCAGCAAGAAGGCCUUGGAGAACGUGGAGAGCUUGAACAAGCUGGAGUGCAAGUUCAAGCUGAACUCCUACAAGAUGGUGUACGUGAUCAAAUCGGAGGACUACAUGUACAGGAGGACCGCUCUGCUCCGUGCCCACCAGUCCCAUGAAAGAGUGAGCAAGAGGCUGCACCAGCGAUUCCAGGCCUGGGUGGACAGAUGGACCAAGGAACAUGUGACCCGUGAAAUGGCAGCUGAAACUAGCAAGUGGCUCAUGGGCGAAGGCUUGGAAGGCCUGGUGCCUUGCACCACCACCUGCGAUGCAGAGGACCUGCACUUUGUGAGCAUUAACAAAUACCGCGUCAAAUACGGCACAAUAUUCAAGACACCCUAAACUCCAGUGGGGUGAUGAAAAGAUAAGAGUGUUUGGGGGGUGCACGUCCGUGUGCGUGUGUGUGUGCGCACGCGCAUCAAGAAAAACAAGGAAGAUGCCUUCCUCCUUCCCUGCCCCCCUCGCUGUGUAUCUCCGUAAUGACGGCCACUUCUUGACUAAUUGAUAGCUGGUACAUCCUGUCGCCCCAGUGGGGUUGCUUUUGAAACGUAAGUCCUGAAGUACUGAAGCUGGAACUGUUGCCAAGGGGCUGAGAUUGCCGCGCAUGCGCGAUGGCGCGAGGGGUGUGAGGGCAUCUGAGUAGUUGUAGAAAAACCCACCUUGCCUAUACACACCAGCGUUCUCCAAUGAUACGGGCAUCAAGGACAUCCGGGGACCUGAUGAGAUUUGGUGCAUUUAACACACACACCCUCCUCCUCUUCCUCCUCCCUCCAAACGAAAAAGUCUUAUGGCCAGAAUAUCCUAGGAAUCCCAGAAAUACCUGGUCACCUGAAUCAACAGGACUGGCCAGCAGACUUUCUGGAAUCUUCCAUCAGCUCACUGGGCUCAAUGGUCCAGAUGCCGGAAACAUCAGCUCUUGAAUCUGCCUCCUCGACUCUUCCCAUCAGUUUCCUCCUUAUGACCCGGACUCCUGACUUGCAUAAACCAAUUAAGACCAGUCUGUCCUUUUUUAGUGCCAGUGGAACUGUUUUAUUUUGUUUUAUUUUUGGACCUGCUUGUUUACUAGUCUCUCUUAGUGCCAUGCACCAGCUUUUCACAUAAACACUCUGUUCCCAAACACACGGACACCUGCGCGCGCACGCAUACACACACAGUACCUAUACAGUCAUGCGCUCUCACAAUAGCAGCAACCAAUUUUAAACUGGUUCCCCCCUUCUUUUUUGUAAAUAAAUGUACAUAUUUGUCGAUUUUUUUGUUUUUUAUUAAAGAAAAAGUAUGCUUGAUGUGCUAGUAUAACUGUACUAGCUUCUUGUGUACCUUAGUACCAGGUGGCUUCAGGUUUUAGUACCUAAAGACAAGUGCAGCAGAUACAUUUUAUUACACUUUCUACCAAAGGGAGUUAUCAUUGUAGUGCUUUGUGUGGAAACUUGUUUCUCCUUUUUGUAAAAAAAAACGAAAACAAAAAACCCUCAAAAAUUAAUAAUAAUACAUCUUGGUUGUUACUAGAGAAAGAUGUACGGUUGCCAGUUCCCUCACCCUGUUCUGAGAGGUGCAUUGCUACAAAUUGGGCAGGGGGGACAUCUGACCCAACUCUGUUCUUGGCUUCACAAACGUAGAUGAAAAAGUGUGUGUGAGAGAGAGAGAAAGAAUGAGAAAGAAUGAAUGUGGAAAUGAGUGUAUUGUGGUUCAACAUGACUGUAUUUCAAGCAGCCUGUUUGAUAUAUGAAUAUAUAUUAUUAUAUAAAUUUUUAUUUCUCUUUUUUUCUUCUUUGGUGGGUAACUUUUUUUAUCCACCUAGUCUUCCAGCUCAGAGAAUCAGCACUUUUGGGAAGUGUUGCUGAGCUAGCUAUUUGAGGUUGACUGCGCUUUUAUGUGUGUUUCUUCUCAGUAUUGAAGAAAAUAUCCUAAAUACCAAACCAGUAUUUGACAGAGCUGCUUACGCUGUGUGUGUGUGAGAGAGAGUGUGUGUGUGUGUGUGUUUGAGAGAGAGAGAAAGAGAGAGAGACUGCAGAACCAGGGCCACAAAAAGUUAAGAGGGGUGUUUUUUUGUGAUUUCUCUAGUGACAUGCAAGCAGGGAUAUAUUUUUUUUUAAAGAAAGCUCAGUGAUGGCAGACAUGUAAAUAUGGGGGUCCCCUUUGGAACGAAAGUACUACAGAUGAGUGGCAAUGAACCUAGCAACACGUGUGCCCUUCUCCAGGAGGUGUAUUGUUCCCUCGCACCAAGUAAUGAAGCCAAGAGACUUAUAAAAAUGUGGUUUGCUGGUUUAUUUUCUCCCCAGGCCUGUUAACUGAAAUCUAUCCAGGCCAGUAGCUGUCCCCACCCCUCUCAGAACAGAGUUGUCAAGGUCCAAGGCAAAGAGGGGGGGUGGGGAAACCCUCUCCUGUCUCUUGAGAGAGCAGAAUGGAGGUGGAUGGGCCUGCAGCGGAAGGUGGGCGGGCAUGCACAGGGGAGAUACGGUGGUGGUCACCGUGAGCGGGAGCCCAGCCAGGGUGUACUUACAGUAUGCCAGCAAUAAGCUAACUUAACCCCAUGUCUCCUCCCCUCGCCUGGUUAAAAGAGGGGUUGGGGGGCGGGAUGACAGUGCUAUGGUGUCCUGUCCCCGUUUUGCUUGUGUGCUUCCCGCAGUCCUCACUCUCAACAUCCCCUCAGAUGUUUUCUGUGUAUCUUUAAAGAUCGGUUUAGACUUCUUUCUUUCUUUUUUUUUACCAAGUUGGGAAACAACAGCUGUUGUUGCUUUGUUGAGCAUCUUUGCCCAACUUUCAUUUUAAGCUGGAAGGGAAGACCAGGGUAGGCUUUUUGCUGCCCAAUGUGCCUAGGGAAAAGAAAAAUUGCACCCAACAAUAAUAAUAAAAAGAGGAGGCUGGCCACCUCCCUCCUGUAGCAGGGUUUCUCUCUCUCCUCCAACACCCCGCCACCCCCGUCCUGAUGUCUGACAUCUGAGCUCCAAGCUCUAUUCCUGGCCUGUACAAAUAGCAAAAGGUUUUCCUUCUUAUUUUAAAUUGCUUUUUGUAUUCUGUAAUGUGAUCCUUUUCUGCCACCUAUUCAUGUGAUGAUUUCUAUACAGAUGUUGUAAACUUGACUGUAGUGCAGUAUUUCCAUUAAAAUAUCAGGGCUA